UCUCCUUGCCUCUCUCUCUCUCUCUCUCUCUCUCAAAUGGAAGACCAACAAGGACAAACUCGGGAACCAGAAAUCCACUACUGGGGAAACAUGCCAGAGGAAGAGUACUACAAGCUGAAAGGCAUAGAAGGGUCAAAAUCAUUCUACACGUCGCCAAGAGGCCUAAGUCUGUUCACAAGAUCAUGGCUCCCCAUAUCUUCCUCUCCACGUGGCCUACUCUUUAUGGUUCAUGGAUACGGGAAUGACAUGAACUGGACUUUUCAGUCAACGGCAAUCUUCCUCGCCCAAAUGGGUUUCGCUUGCUUCGCGCUCGACAUGGAAGGCCAUGGCCAAUCUCAAGGGCUGAGGUGUUACGUACCCAACAUCGAUCUCGUCGUGCAGGAUUAUCUCUCUUUCUUCAAUGUCACCAAACAGAACCCAAGAUUUCAUGGGUUGCCCUGUUUUCUCUACGGAGAGUCAAUGGGCGGGGCGAUCUGUCUUCUCAUCCAUUUUGCUGAUCCAAAAGGGUUUAACGGAGCAAUUUUGGUUGCACCCAUGUGUAAAAUCUCUGAUAAUGUAAAACCCAGAUGGCCGAUUCCUCAGGUUUUAACAUUUAUAGCAAGAUUUUUACCUACUCUGGCUAUUGUACCGACGGAAGAUCUGUUAUAUAAAUCCAUCAAAGUUGAAUCAAAGAAGCAGAUAGGGGAGAUGAACCCGCUGAGAUACAGAGGGAAACCGCGAUUAGGGACUGUUGUUGAGCUGCUGAGGGUGACUGAUUUCUUGGGAAGAAGGCUUUGCGAUGUUGAGAUACCAUUUUUGGUAUUACAUGGAAGUGCAGAUGUUGUUACUGAUCCAAACGUGAGCAGAGCUUUGUAUGAGAACGCUAAGAGCCAAGCCAAGAGUAUAAAGAUCUAUGAGGGUAUGAUGCAUUCUCUGCUGUUUGGUGAAACUGAUGAAAACAUUGAAAUUGUUCGUGGAGAUAUUCUGAAUUGGUUGAAUGAUAGAUGUAAAUGAUCGCUGCUUAUUCUCAUUGAUAAUUGAUAUUAUGUUUGAUUA